CGCGUCUCUCGUCACCCCUCCCGCCUCCAAGGUUCCGAAGUGGAAUCCGGACCCAUCUCUGUCUUCCGCCCCAUCCCUGUAUAAAAACCAGGAGCCUCGUCGCAUCCCGUCCUCGCAUCACAUAAAAGCCAAUCCACUCAACAAGAGCCGUCGAAUUAACCCCACCUUACACAACUCGCAAAAUGUCUGCCCCACCAACCUCCAACUCACAACCCCACGCCGGCACCUCCUCCUCCUCAACUAUACCACACCCCUACAACCCCUCAACCCAAAUAACCACCACCUUCAAGCCAUUAACGCACCCACUCAACCCCGCCGCCACAUUCCUCACCGCCGACCUCUCCACACGCACAGGCCUCCAACACACCGCCAUCAAAAUGAACCGCAUCCCCCCCGGCGCCGACUCCACCGAAUGCCACGCGCAUAAGGAUACCGAGGAAUGGUUUUAUAUCCUCUCUGGAGAGGGGGAGAUGGUGUUAAGGGCUGUUGUUGAUGGGUAUGGUGAUAAGGGACUACAAGAGGAGUUUGGGAAGACGGGGGUGGAGGAGGAAUUGAUACCCAUCGCACCGGGGGAUUUCAUCGGCUUUCCGCGCGCGGCGGCUCGGGCACACAUGUUUCGGAACACGGGGACCGAGGAGCUGGUGUAUAUCCUUGGUGGGGAAAGAAGUGCGAAUGAUGUGGUUGAUUAUCCGGUUGCGAGGAAGAGGUUGCUUGUUAAGGAGGGGCAGAGGGAGUAUGUAGAUCUUUAAUGCGCUAUUGCACCAACGUGAGUGGGCGUGGAACACACGAGCAUCAGUUCGUACGUGUAGUUGAGGUCAUGAUUCAAUAAUGAUAAAACGAGGUGUGA